CUGGAAUUAGUCCGAACAACUCCUCAGAGCACUCCCCGUGAUAGAUGCGAUGAAAUACGCAAAGAGAUGCAACAUCUCUACGCAGUGCCACGACAAUCGGCUGCUCGUAAAAAAGACGAUAAUGAUUCUGAGCCAUAUUUUCCUAUUACACAAGACUCCGAUUCGUCAUCGACUGUAUCGGUGCGUAGUAAAAGAAAGCGAAGUAACGAUUACACUGAUGAAUUAAAUUUAUUCAAAAAAGAAAUUAAGGAUAUGUUUACGAGUUUCCAAAAAGAUCAAGAGGAUAAAAUUACUACAUUUUUAAAUGUUAUAAAGGAACAAAACUCUGCAGUGCAAAAGUCAAUCGAUUUCUUAUCAGAAAAAUACGAUGGUUUGAUUAAUAAACUCGAUAAAUUGGAGUCGGAGAAAAAGGCUAAUAUGCAAUAUAUUCAAUUACUUGAAAAAAAAGUUGAAAAACUUGAGCGGAACCACUGUUCUACUAGUUUAGAAAUAAGAAAUGUUCCUAAAAAAACGUAUGAGACAAAAGAAAACCUCUCUGAUAUAGUUAUUACAUCAGGCCAACAGCUUAAACUAGACAUUAACCGAUCUGAUAUUAAAGACGUGUAUCGCAUUAACACAAAAUCGGCGAAUAAACCGAUAAUAGUAGAUUUCAUUAGUGUAUUAACACGCGACCGUUUUAUUGAUGCUUUUAAGAAAUAUAAUAACAGCCAUAAAAAUGAUAAAUUUAACACUAAAAACAUACAAAUUGACGGCCCGUCCCAUCUAAUUUAUAUAUCAGAGUCUCUCCCUAGCAGAACGAGAUAUCUGUUUUUAAUUUCAAGAAAAUUCGCAAAAGUAAACAAUUAUAUAUUUUGUUGGACUUCACAUGGCAAAGUCUACCUCCGAAAAAAAGAAGGAGCAUCCCUAAUUCGCAUUGAAAGUGAAGCUGAUUUGGAAAAAAUUAAAGAAAAAUGA